GCGAUUUCGUUCACACAAGCUCGCACCAGUUCCAAGCUCAAAACAGCUGAGCGAACCAAGCAAUUUGCCUUUUGCCGAAAAACGCCAACGACAAAAAUAUAAACAAAAAAGAAAAAGGCAGAUUUGGUUAAAAUGAGCUCAUUUGAUAGCGACAGCUGGAGUGUGGAUGAAACAGUUACACUAAUCGGCAUUAUAAAGUCUCUGAAAGAGCUGCAUGGAGCCGGCAAAUGGGAUUGGCAGCGCGUGGCCAACCAAAUGGCCGAGAGCAAAUUGUGGCCAAACGGAUAUAGCCGUAGCGUUCCGGACUUGCGGGAUAGAUAUAAGAAAUUGAGAAAUGAUUACUUUACGGCACGUUAUCGCAAUCGUACCUGUCAGUACUUUAAUUAUUUGGCCGAUCUGUUGGGCGACGAGCUGGCGUCGCCCAAGCAGCAGCCCGAAACAGACGAUGAGGAGCCGGAACAAGAGUUGGAACUAAAUCCUGACGAGGACAUCAAAGUGGAGCAGAAGUAUGCACAAACGCUGGAGCUUGAGUUGGUCAACGGGGAUAAUACGAACCGCUCGACCGGCUCCACGUCCAAGAUGCCGCUUCGCUGCAAGUGGGCAGAGGGCGAGGUAGAAGCUUUGCUGAACAUCAUAAUUACUCACAAGCUGCAGGCACCGUUGCUGCGCAAGAGGAAUGCCAAAGUAUUUAAGCUGCUCGCUCGGGAAAUGGCCAGGCGCAACUUUAUCAAGCGGCCGGAUCAGCUGAGAGUUAAGUACCAUCAGCUGCGCAGGCAAUAUGCGAAGGCCAAGAACGGCGGUGAGUCGUUCGAGCAUUUUGAGGACAUGCACGCAUUGCUCAAUGGUUCGUUGCAGCAUGGCGAGAGCAGCGCAGGAGAAGGAGACAGCGACUCCAAUGACAGCGGCGAGGAAGAUGGUGAUGUGGCACUCGGCUCCGACAGUGAAUCCGAAGGUGCCUUAGUUCGUGCCGUGAUACCGUCCAACGCGCGCGUCAAGUGGGCGGAGGGCGAGGUGGACAUAUUCCUGGACAUCAUCACCAGCAUGGGACUGCAAUCUGCGCUGUUGCGCAAGCGCAAUGCCAAGAUCUUCAAGCUGCUCUCGAAGGAAAUGGGCAAGAGAUCCUUUGACAAGGCGCCCGAGAAGCUGCGCAUUAAAUUCCAGCAUCUGCGAAGGCAAUACAACAAGGCCAAGAAUGGCGGCGAUACUUUCGAGCAUUUCGAGGCCAUGCACCAGCUGCUGAAUCCCGUGAAGAAAUCGGGCGCGGAAUCCGAAGCGAACUACAGCAGCGGCACCGAAAGCGAUUACAAUUACAGCGAUGAAGGCGACGCCGACACAUCCAGAACCAAUCGUCAUCCCGAUUCGUAUUAUUGGACUGAUCACGAGGUGGAUGCCUUUCUGGCAAUCAUCAAACAGCAAAAUCUGUUCCGUGCUUUGGAUGGCUCCAAGAAACGCAACUUCAAGACUCUGGCCUACAUAUCGAAUAUCCUGGCGAAGCAGUCCUACCAGCGAACGCCCCAUCAGUUGCGCAACAAGCUGCGCUUGUUGCUGCGGCGCUAUCGCGAGGUCAAGAAAGAUGGUCUAAGAAAUGUGCGGAUGCUGCCCCGCCACUUCGAAAUGUUAGAAGAUCUGAUGAAGAAGAAGCGCACUACGAAAACGAAAGCGAGUCAAAAUAUGACAACCACUUCCAUGGGUGUGUCCAGCAAGCCAGCGACGCCACUCGAGAGCGACAGUGAGGGCAGCAGCUCCGGUUCAAGUUGCGAUUUGUUGCGUGCUGCAGCCGAGAGCGAGGAGUAUGAGGAUGCAUUUGAGAUGCCGCCAGAGCCAACGCCGCUGGAGGUGCUAACCAGCAUCAGCGAGGGCCAAAAGCAACUGUUGUCCACUCUAAAGGAAUCCCAGGAACGCUUUCUGCGCGAGCAGCGGGAAAUGCAGGCGCAGUUCCUGCAGGAGCUGUCCAGCGUAAUGCGCCAGGAGCGAGAGGCAACAUUCCACAUGCUAAAGGAGCUGAUGCAGCAACCCAAGUGACUGACUGACUAAAUAGUUAAGCUAACUUAUCUCAUUAGCAAUAGGAAAACGAAAACAA